AUGAAUCCGCAUCAACAGAACAAAGUCGAUAUCAACUCGCUGAGCCCAGAGGAGCAGCGCCUGCUGCGCCUCUACGGCAAGAUGCCCACCAAGAAAGACCUCCUUCAGAACAAGCUCAAGGAGCGUAAAUACUUCGACUCGGGCGACUACGCUCUCAGCAAAGCAGGCAAAGCCUCAGACGUGGGCGUGACCAACAUUGGCUCGCGCCACCCAGUGCCGGAGAACAUCCCGCAUCUGACAUCGACCUCCCCAGGCGCGAACACUUCCAGCAACAACGGCAGCAUCAGCUCCCAAGGUGGACAGCAGCUUCCGGGCAGCGUCAGCGGACACCCCGGCUCGGUCGGCUUCCAGAGCCGCAGCCCCAUCAAGGAAGGAGGUAGCUUCCUGCACCGUGGAUCCAGUGCGAGCGAGGGUGAAACUGGCUCUGGUCUUGCUUCUGGAUCUGCUCAGGGUGAGCAGGAACUGAGUGUCAGUCCCCCUCCUGCGAGAGAGGGAGUUCCUAUCCGUCGGUAG